GCUGCGACUGAAUCCGGCAGUGACCAACCCUUCUGUUGUCUUCACACAUUUUCACUUCUUUUCUACUUUUUUUAUUUACAGGGAAAUAAUGGAGGAGUUCAAUUCCGGAGAUGAGGUUGGAUUCAGUCCUGACGACGCGAGUAACGCGGUUAAAGAGUGCAUCGAGGGUGUAAUCGGAGGUGUGGACUACAGCCAGAACAAGGUGAACCAGUGGACGGCGAGCAUCGUCGAGCACUCUCUCACUCAGCUGGUUAAACAGGGGAAAGCUUUUAAAUACAUCGUUAACUGCGCUAUCAUGCAGAAGAGUGGCGCAGGACUCCACACAGCCAACUCCUGUUACUGGGACACCACCACUGACGGAAGCUGCACGGUCAGAUGGGAGAAUCGCACCAUGUACUGCGUCGUUAGUGUGUUUGCCGUUGCUUUGUGAAUCAGAGCCGUGCUGAGGCAUGCAGUGAGACCCACGCCUGUACACACACACACACACGCCUGUACACACACACACACAUGCACAUACACACACAGACACCAGGUGGCACCGUGAACUUAUUCCAGCCUAUUGAAGCAGAGUGUUAUUAAAGGCCUGAGUUGCUGGGUUUAGGACCAGGCGGAGGAGUUCUCCUGCCUGCACUACCUUCAUAUUUUAACCGAACUGCUUGCUUGUGUUUGCCAUUCAUCUGUUUUUUUGUUUUUUUUUGUUUUUUAAAUCCUAACUUCUUGUGUAGAAAGACUUUAAAUGCAUCAUGUAGUUAGCAAAUGUGUUUGUUUAAAUCGAAUUAAAUUCAGUGUUGUAUAA